AGCGCGCCUGCGCCAGGGCGGCGGAUUCGAACGGCGGCGGGCGGCGCUGAGCCCUGUCACGGCAGCACAAGGAGAAGGAGAACAGGGAGGAAAAGAGGAUGAGGCGCACGGCGCCCCGCAGCACUUUGCGGAAGAUUAUAAAGAAGCACAAGCCUCACUUACGCCUGGCGGCCAACACCGACUUGCUGGUACAUCUGAGCUUCUUGUUGUUUCUCCAUCGGUUAGCAGAAGAAGCCAGGACAAAUGCUUUUGAGAACAAAAGUAAAGUAAUUAAACCUGAGCAUACUAUAGCUGCAGCAAAGGUUAUUUUAAAGAAAAGCAGAGGCUAGAGGAGAAAAAAAAAAAAGCAGAGACUAGUAAACAGCAAUGGAAUUUCCAA